AUGAGGCUCCUCACUGUCGUCCUGGGAGCUUCCCCCAUCACCGCCCUCACAGCCACCCAGCUCUUCCAAUUCGCCAACACAUCCCAGUUCGUCGAAAACAUCGCGGUGCGCCCCAACGGCCACCUUCUCCUCAACACAUUCGACAACGCCCGCCUGUACACCCUCGACCCCUCCGCCAAGGAGAUUGUUCCUCAAGUCAUUGCCCAAAUCCCCGGUAGCACUGCACUCACGGGCAUUGUAGACGUAGCGCACGACGUGUACGCCGUAUCCGCCGGUGUCCUCAACUUCACCAAUCUUUCUUUCGAGCCCGGGACUUCGAAAAUCGUGCUUGUCAAUGUUGGCCAUUGUGCCCACGGCAAGCCUGCCUCUGUCGAGGUUGCCGCCCAGAUCCCCGAGGCGGGUCUUUUAAACGGCAUCGCCGGCCUCCCCAAGCACCGACACAUUGUCCUCAGCGCGGACUCCAAGACGGGCCGCGUAUACCGAGUGAAUACCCUGAACGGAGAGGUGGACAUUGCCCUUCAGGACGACAGGUUUACGCCGGGACCGCGGCCCAACGCGGUGCCUCUGGGUAUUAAUGGCAUCAAGGUCUUCAAUGGAUAUCUGUACUUGACAAAUUCGGGGCAGGGAUUUGUUGCGAGGAUCAAAAUCAAUGACUUUGGUGACAAGGCGGGCGACUUGGAAAUCAUCACUACCCUACCGCUCGACCCGCCCAAAACUCCCGACGACUUUUCCAUUGCCAGGGAUGGAACAAUUUACCUGGGCGCCCAUUUGGAUACGUUGGUGAAGAUAACGCCGGACGGCAAGUGGGUCUCUUUGAUCGAAGGCAGCAGUGCUGGCGUUUAUUUGGAUGGGCCUACUUCUACGGCGUUGAGUAAAGAUGAGAAGACAGUGUAUGUUACUACGGGAGGCGGCGGCCAGAGUGGUAAAGGUGGACAGAUUGUUGCCGUCAAGUUGUAA